UAAUUGUUGUUUCAAUUUGUUGUUUUCUAUUUUUUUUUUAAUUGUUGUUUCUUUAAUUAUCUUCAUUAGUUUAGUUUCUCAGCGAACAAUUAAUUUAUUCUCAUUCUAAGUUCUUCCAUUAACUCUGAGGUGGCAGCAUUGAGACUAUAAAGAAGAUGCAACUUUUUGUUUUGUUGUUUUCUUAUUGCGAGACAAGUGUAAUUGGUGAUUUGCUUUUCUUUACAAUUUAUUAAUUGUUCACCUCGCUAAUUAUAAUUAACCUUUAACCUCUUUUCUUUGCUAUUGGUUAAAUUUUUAUAAUUAGAUAGAUAAUGUUUGCUGGUCACUCAGGUCCAGUCUUUUGUUGCUCUCUCAAUUCUAAAGGUGAUCUGGCAGUCACCGGAGGAGAAGAUGAUAAGGCUUACAUUUGGAGUACAAAUAGUUUUCAGGUGGUUGGUCAAUUGGAUUUUGAAGAUUCUGUAAUUGAUGUUGGAUUUAAUUGUGAUGAUACACUUAUUGCUGCAAUUGACAUGGAGGGUUAUGUUCAAGUGUGUAGUCUAUCAAAUGGUGAACGAGUCUAUGAUUAUGAUAUUGGUGCAGAUAUUAAUUGGCUCCAAUGGCAUCCCACUUUACCUGAAACUUUGAUGGUUGGUACUCAAACUGAUUGUACUUAUAUCCUCUCAUUAGAUUAUACAACUAAAGACUUGAGAGGCCCUGGUGCAGAUAAUCCGGCUGGAACUUUUUUCAGAGAUGGUCAAAAAGCAGUGACUGGUUAUGAAAAUGGUACCAUACGAAUAUGGGAUACAGUGAUAUCAAAGCCUAUUUAUACAAUUAAACCUCCUUCUGCUCAUAAAGAUUCAGUUAUCUCGUUAGAGGUAAAAAAAGAUGACUCUUUAAUAGCCUCUGGAUCACUUGAUUCAACAGCAAAAUUAAUCAGCACCCAAACUGGUAAAGUGGUGGGCAAUCUUUCAUGUGGAAUAAAUGAUGAUGAGAAAACAAUUGAUACUUCAAAUUCAGUUGAAAGUCUAGAUUUUAGUGAAAUUCAUCCAGUUUUAGCGACUGGUUCACUAAAUGGACUCCUUGAAUUCUGGGAUAUUAACUCCCAGGUUAAAAAGUACUCCUUCCAAUGUGAUCAAGGUAUCUCAAAGAUCGGCUGGUGUCCCAAUGUCCCUUAUUUAAUUUGUUGUGCCGGUUUAGAUGGUCUUUUAAGGAUAGUUGAUGGUCGAGAUGGUUCACUUGUUUCAACCAAAUCUGGACACGAGGAUCAAAUAUUAGAUUUCUCAUUUGCUGCCGAUAAAGAUUGUAUACUAACCUCUUCCGAGGACGGAACCUGCCGAGUCUUUGAUUAUGUCUAAUCAAAAUUAAGUUAAUUACAACGAGAAAUCCCACUGUACACAAACACACACACACCACAGGCCUCAAAGGGAAAAAUAGUUCUACUCGCUAUUAUAGAGAGUAAAUUGAUCUAAAAAAAAUAUUCUACUUGAUUAGCUAGCGAAAAUUAAAUCUUUGGUUUUCUUUUUGUUCUUACUUUUUACACCAAAAUUUUAACAAAUUUCCUCUUGAAAUCAAUUCAAUCUCUCUCUCUCUCUCUGUAUCUUGUAUCUCUUUCUAAUUUAAAUUGUGAUUUACUCUCUUUCUCUCUCUUCACAAACAAAUCAUCAUCAUCAUCAUCAUUUUUCCACCAUCUUACUGUUUGGCAACAGUUAAUUUGUUAAUUCGAUUUGGUCAUUUAAUCAUUUACCUCUCUUUCUAUAACUCGGUCUUCCUUUUGUGUUUAAUUUAUACAUAAACCAAAUCUUGGACAUUUGGAUCCAAGAGUUUAAACUGUAAACCUAUUAAAGGACAAAAUUUCGGCUUCGA